AUGAGAACUAAAAGACUAUUAUCCACAUCUCAUUUCCAUUCAAUCCCACACAUGAUUCGAAACUCCCUCCAAAACCGCAUCACCCAAUCAAACCCACCUUUCUUACCAAAAGCACCCUCCGUCUUAGCCACGAAUUUAAUCAAGUCCUACUUAGAAAAGGGCCUUGUCAAAGAAGCACGUUCAGUGUUCGACGAAAUGCCUCACAAAGACGUCGUUGCGUGGACCGCAAUGGUCGAAGGCUACACAUCUUGCAAUGAUCACGGCCACGCCUGGCUGCUGUUUUGCGCCAUGGUGAGGAGUGAAGUUGGGCCCAAUGCUUUUACUUUCUCAAGUGUUCUCAAAGCCUGCAGGGGCAUGAAGGCUCUUUUGUGCGGGGCGUCGGUUCACGGGUCGGUUGUUAAGCGUGGUGUGACUGUGGAGGGCAGUGUUUACGUGGAAAAUGCGCUCAUGGACAUGUAUGCUACUUGCUGCGCUAGCAUGGACGAUGCCUGCAGGGUCUUUCGAGAUAUGUUCGUUAAGAAUGCUGUGUCCUGGACUACUUUGAUCACCGGUUUUACUCAUCGAGGGGAUGGUUAUAUGGGGCUUCGAGUUUUCCAACAAAUGAUGCGGGAGGAUGCAGAACUGAACCCGUUUAGCUUUUCGAUUGCAGUUAGAGCUUGCGCUUCAAUCAGCUCGCGUACUUUCGGGAGGCAAAUACAUGCAGCUGUGAUCAAAUGCGGUUUUGAGUCCAAUCUUGUGGUGAUGAAUGCGGUGCUGGACAUGUAUUGCAGGUAUGCUUGUUUGUCAGAGGCUAAUCAAUGCUUCCUUGAAAUGACUGAAAAGAAUUUGAUUACUUGGAAUACCUUGAUUGCUGGAUAUCAAAGAAUGGAUUCAAGUGAAUGUUUACACCUGUUUUCGCAAAUGGAGUCACAAGGCUUCAGACCAAAUUGCUUCACAUUUAGUAAUGUAACAGCUGGCUGUGCUAACUUAGCACUUCUUGCCUGCGGACAGCAGGUUCAUGGUGGGAUUUUUCGGAGGGGUUUCAAUCAGAAUCUGGAAGUGGCCAAUGCCCUUAUUGACAUGUAUGCAAAAUGCGGAAACAUAGCCGACUCGCACAAAGUUUUCAAUGAAAUGUCUGAUAAGAAUUUGGUCUCAUGGACUUCCAUGAUGAUCGGAUAUGGAGCCCAUGGAUUUGGAAAAGAAGCCGUUGAGUUGUUUGAUGAGAUGGUAAGAUUGGGCAUUAGGCCCGAUCAAAUUGUGUUCAUGGCAGUUUUGAGUGCCUGUAGUCAUGCUGGCCUUGUUGAUGAAGGCUUGAAGUAUUUCCAAUCUAUGAUGAGUACCUAUAAUGUUAGUCCUGACCAAGAAAUUUAUGGAUGUGUAGUAGAUUUGCUUGGUCGUGCUGGGCGAGUAGAGGAGGCUUGUGAAUUGAUAGAAAAUAUGCCAUUUAGGCCUACUGAGUCUGUUUGGGGUGCACUUCUUGGAGCUUGUAAAGCACACAAACUUCCGCAUUUAGGCAAAUUGGCUGCUCUGAAGGUAUUGGAUUUGAGGCCGAAUACUGUGGAGGCUUACGUGAUGCUGUCUAAUAUUUACGCGGCUGAAGGUAAAUGGGGGGAAUUUGCGAAAAUGAGGAAGUUGAUUAAAGGUAUGGGGAACAAGAAAGAGGUUGGGAGGAGUUGGAUCGAGGUAAGAAAUCAGGUUUAUAGUUUUGUUGUUGGAGAUAAGAAAGGUUCCCAUACAAAGUGGGUGUAUGCGGUCUCGGAAUUGCUUAUUUUGCAUAUGAAAGAAGUAAAGUAUGUACACAAUUUAGAUUGCUUGAUAUAUGACUUAGAAGCUGGAACUUGAAUGAUGUGGAAGAGAUGAAAAACUGUCUUAUAAGAAAUGCGGGAGUUUUGAAACACACUUGUUCUAGCCUACAUUUUGCGAAAUGCAACACUGUGAAGAUG